GAGCUCCGACCUGAACCCCUCUCCUCGGCGUCCUCGCCUACCCUCGCGCAUCGGAGGCGCCGACACAGCGUCACCGCUCCGCCGCGCCGCCGCCGAUGGAGACGGCCGCCCCGGUCUCCUCCGCGCCUCGCACCGUCGAGGACAUCUACAAGGAUUUCAACGCCCGCCGCGCUGGCCUCGUCCGCGCCCUCACCUCCGAUGUGGAGGAGUUCUACGGCUUGUGCGAUCCGGAGAAGGAGAACCUGUGCCUGUACGGGCUCCCGAACGGGGGCUGGGAGGUGGCGCUACCGGCGGAGGAGGUACCACCGGAGCUGCCGGAGCCCGCAGUCGGGAUCAACUUCGCCAGGGACGGCAUGCACCGCCGCGACUGGCUCUCUCUCGUCGCUGUCCACUCCGACGCAUGGCUGUUCUCCGUCGCAUUCUUCUUCGGCGCGCGGCUCAAUGGCAACGAGAGGAAGCGAUUAUUCAGCUUGAUUAAUGAGCAUCCAUCCGUGUAUGAAACAAUGGUUGAGCGGAAACAAAGGGAGAAUAAGUCUGGUGUUGAUAACAGUGGCAAAUCCACAAAGCGAGCAAAUGAUGGGCACACAAAGAACUUGAGGCCAACAGUUGUGGAUGAUGGUUUCGAGGACGACGAAGAACACAGCGAAACCCUCUGUGGUACUUGCAGUGGUCGCUACAAUCCAACUGAGUUCUGGAUUGGAUGUGACAUUUGUGAGCGGUGGUUCCAUGGCAAAUGCGUGAAGAUAACUCCGGCGAAAGCGGAGCACAUAAAGCGCUACAAGUGCCCUGAUUGCAGCUCCAAGAAAAGCAGACAAUAAAACCUUGGAGCUGCUGGCCUCUUAUUGCUGACCCAGCUGAUCAACCAAACAAUACUCUCUCUCUCUCCCUCUCCCUCUCUCUCCCUCUCCUCUCCAUCCACCACAAAGUCGGAGGGGCAGGGGAAAAUGUUUGAACGUUACUAAUUUAGCUGUGUUUUAAAGAUUUGUUAUUUUAGUUCAUAUGUUAUUAAUAUA